GGAAAGCGCAUCCAGGCUCUCCCUCCUUUGGGCUGGAGAGAGUGAGAGCGCCUGCUCGCUCCGGAUCUCUCCUUUCCCAGCAGAGCCGAGCUUCGGUUGAACUUCGGAUUGGACGCCGGUUCCUUCCUCCCGGACAAAGAAAGGGAGCAAGAAAGAGCAGUCAUGGCACUAUCUUCCUGGUUUGGGUGGAAUGAACCCGCCAGUCGCAUUUCCCAGAGAAGCCCCACAGAAAUGGUGGUGGAGACCCUGAUGAUGGAGUUUGGCUGGCAGAUCAAGGAAGCGGAGAAGCAGCAGAGGGAGCGAGAAAAUGAGUACCGUAAGAUAAAAACUGGUGUUGACUACGGCUGGCUGGUUAGCUACCCAAAACACAGCUACGAUGUCAGCCCAGGGGAGCGUUUGCAGCUGGAAGAUAUGUGCUCCAAAAUACACCCUUCCUACUGUGGUCCUGUCAUUAUCAGAUUCCGUCAGCUUGUUGCUGAAUACGAGCCGGAAGCCCCAGAAGUGUCUCGACUUUUCCGUUCUGUUCUUCAAGAUGCCAUUGAGAAGAGCAAAGAGGAGGAAGAGGCAAAGAAGCUGGCAAGGCAGUGGAAUACAAAGCACAAAACAAGCAUCUCCCUUUCAACUUUCAAGUCCCGAGCCAGGAUUUCACCCUUCAGCAGUGAUAUCAAGACUAUUUCAGAAGAUGUCGAGAGGGGCACUGAUCCAGCCAGAAGAGUAUGGAGCAUGCCUGAAUUCAGGAGUACCAAGGACUAUUGACUUUAUUUAUAACAACCAGAUUUUAGAAACAGACCAUUUCAUGCAUUAAUUUAUUUACUUAUUUAUUGACCCCUUUAAAUGUUUUUUUCUCCAUCCCUUUUUGGGUGUUCUUUCUUGCCUCUGUUUUGUUUUGAAUCCAAAUGAACACAUUUUUGAUGUCUUUUCUGUAGAUUUCUGUGCUUGUUUGUGUUUUUCUUUGUGUGUGUACAUAGCAAGCUUUUAAUACAAGACUGACCUCUAGUACCACAGGUGGCCGGCUGUGUGAUAUGUUGUGUGAAAAACUAUGUAAAGGUUAGUCUGUCCUCUACAGAUUGAAAGAGAAGCCCAGAAAGUAAUUGUAUCGGCUCUGUGUUUCUGUUCCAACCAUCUUCCAGAAGAUUCUUCCACAGUAACUAAAAUGAAUGCAUUUGCAGGUUGGCAAAAAUAUGCCGUGGAAAGCUCAAAUGCUUUAUGCCUGAAAUGGCCCAAAUGAUCAUGGGAUUCAAUUUUGAUCCUUUCCACCCAAUGACAUUUUUUCAAAUAAGAAGUGACCCGAAGGUUGAUUCUGGACCAAUUUGUGUUGGAAAAGAAGCAUCUCCUGGGCUAGAAAUCUGGUGAAAUUUCCACACACACCUCUUGAGACAUUGCCCUAGAUUUGUGACCCCCAAAUAUUUCAAUUCUUUAAAAUUGAAAUAUUUGGGUUGGUGUGUCUGGACCUCUCAGGUGUUGGGGAGUAGGCCAGAUGUGAACGCCUAUCAUUGUUUUAAAUCAACCACCCUAUCAGCUCCAGCGUAUCUUGUUGUGUGCCUUCAAGUUGUUUCCAGCUUAGGCCAUUCCUAAAACAAACCUAUUAUGGCAUUUUUUUUUGCAAGACUUGUUUGCCUUUGUCUUCCUGUGAGGCUGUAUGGCUUGUCCCAGAUCACCCAGUAGGUUUUCAUGACUGAGUGAGGGUUCAGCUCCUGGUCACCAGAGUCGUAGCUCAAACCACUAUACCACUGUAGCAACUUAUCUAGGGACUGACACACAAGAAAUUGCCAUGCUGUGACUAUACUCUUAAUUCUGACAGCCAGCCAAGGCACUGUCACAUUUACUCUUGCACAGAAGUGUUGCUGCUUAACAAGAUAACAACUGAAGCUGGCAUUACAAGAUGGCAGAAUAUGCCUUUUUUCGAAAUGCUACCCAAUUAUGGCAACAGUGUCAUGAGUUCAAGCAAUGGAAGAGUUUCUACAAAGACAUGCUUUUGAUCAGAUCUGCCUGCUAAAAUCCCUUGUUCAUCAGCAUAUACAGUAUAAAGUGGGACUACUUUGACCUCAUGGCAUAAUAGGGUAUUUUUGCCCAUCUAGAUGUUUUGACCUUCAGCUUUCAAGAAGCCCCAGCCAACAUAGAUAAGGCAUUUAGGACACUAAAAGUGUGAAAGCUUUGCAUCUAAAAGGGCUAUACAUUCUAGCUCAAAUGUGUGUUGAGGGAAGAGGGGAAUGAUAAUAGUUUGUUGGAAGCUAGUCGGAUUUAUAUUUUGCUCUCUGGGGCAUGUAUUCAUUCUUGGGAAGUAGUUAAGAUGGUCCUUAUGAGCUGCUUCUAAAGCAGGGGUGCUUUGCUAGUGCUUUUGGUGCACAAAGGCAGAAGGGGGUUGGACUAAAUGGCCCAAGGGCUCUUCCAACCCUUUUCAUUAUUUUAAUUAUGAUGAUUAUUAACAUUGAGGCUGUAUUUGUUUCCUUUUUUUUACUUCAAAAUAAGAUAUGUGCAGUGUGCAUAGGAAUUUGUUCAGUUUUUUUUUUUAAACUAUAGUCUGGCCCUCCAACGGUCUGAGGGACCGUGAACUGGCCCCGUUUAAAAAAUUUGGGGACCCCUGUUCUAAAGGCAGUUGAAGUAGCUACCAACCUUAGGAGAAAUAGAGAAAUCCAUACAGACUCUGUUGUAUAGUCCUCUUCACCAGUCUUGUGGUAGGGUGGGAGUGCAUACAUUUAUCUUUCCUGUUGCCAAGAGCUCCUAAGAGCUAGAAAGACCUACCAUCUCUUAUUCUAGUAAGAAGAAAAGAGGAGUGCUUUGAUGCACUGUUUCCAUGGUGCUGUUUCUCAGCGAUUACCGUCACAUUUCCUUCUGCUGUUUUGAAACUUAAGGUAGCACAAGAUAACUUUUUACUGGCUUGUGCUUUCCUUCCCUGUUGGAAGAAAGUUGUUUAUGUGUUGGAACAACAGACACAGAUGUGUACAAAAUCACUCCAGUUUGUCUACAGAUGGAAGGCACAAUGCAAUCUCACCACAAAAGGUCUGGAAUUGUGAGCAUGUGAUCACUUUAAUCAUUAUCUUUGCUUCAUAGGGCCAAAUUUGUGACUUGCGACUAGGCUUCUCAACUGACCCUUGAAAAUGAAUGGGCUGCUCAUAGUUAAGAGUAGCAUAGAUUUCGCACAAUGUGAAGAGCAUGGUAUGGAUCAUUUAUUUUUUGAGCUUCCACUUUCUUCUGGAUUUUGCUAGAUUUAGCCUUCAAAUAUAUAAACAAAGCAGUAUGGAUUCACUACACUGAAGAAUUUUGUAUCUAUUAUCUUUUUUUCCUGAGCAUACCAGCAAAAUAUUAUUUGAUACCAAACUCAGGGCUUCAAAUGUUAGAUCCAGUUUGAACCUGGAACAUUUAAACUCAGGAGCUAAAGAGAAAAAAUCAAAAUAUUUUAACAGUCAGACAUUUGCUAUGCCAUUUUCUAUAACUUUGAAUUUUUGUAAGGUUAUAUGGCAUUUGUAUAUUGAUUUUGCAACAUUAAACAAGCAGCAAAAUAUCCAAAUGUGGUGGUGUAAAGGCUACUGGCAUGUAGUUCCUUACUUAGACAUUUCUUCUCAAACCUUUUCCCUUUUCCACAAGGGAAAGGAAAUCCGAGGGUGGGGGAGAGGCUGUUCCUGAGGAAUUCUGUCAGGUGUAUGAAUCUACGUUUAACAGAUUACUCUUAAAAUGAUAGCUAUUUCUCGUUGCUUCCCCUUUGCUGUAUCUAGUACUGUGUGUGUUCCUUUUUAGGUUAGGGAAAAAUCAGAAAAGCAUGAAAAGCCAUUUUCUAGUAAGCCAUUUGAUCAACUUUUGUAUCUGUGAGUGAACAGGUGUUUGUUGUACUACGUUUUCAAAUACAUUUCUUUAAUUUUUA